AUGGCUGACUCCGACGCUGGCACUUACCAGCUGGAUGUCACGUCUCCAGAGGCAGUCCGUAUACUCAAGGCUCUGGACCAUCCUAAGUAUAACAUCGUUCAACUUGGAGACAAGCCAAAGAUGCCCAUCUCUUAUGUUGCAAAUGCAUUCGGCGUUCUUGCUUUGUUUCAGCUCUUCACCUACCUCACUCUUUUGUAUUACAACAUCAGCUUGAGUUCAAGAGCAGGCAUAAACACCUUGGCUGCAAAGUUGUUCCUCACCGGACAAUGUUUCGAGCACUUUGGAACCAUCGGCGACAAUCUUUGGAGACUUCUUGUUAGCUUCAAGCGAUCCGAAAUCCCACGUCCGACCCUUCGCCUCCUGGGUGAUAAAGUUCCGCUCGUUGAUCUCUUCAUCGUCUCUUGUGGUGAACCAAGAGACAUCGUCCUCGACACUGUGAAAGCAGCCCUGCAGAUCGACUAUCCCAGAGACAGAUUCCGAGUCAUCCUCUCCGAUGAUGGCAAGGACAUGAAGCUGAAGAAAGCUUGUGAAGGUAUCAAGAUAAAAUACCACAACCUUCACUAUUGGGCCCGUAAGAAGGGAAAAGAGAACCAUGGAUACAAGGCUGGCAACCUCAACACCGCCAUCAGAAAACUCGAUAAGCCAGCUGAGUUCAAAGCUGUAUUCGAUGCUGAUAUGAUUCCGGAACCCAGCGUUCUUCGUGUCCUCAUUCCGCAUAUCUUGAUCGACGACCGGGUCGGUAUGGUGACAUGUGCACAACAUCACUACAACAUCCCUGAUAAUGACCCGUUGUAUCAGGCAAAUGUGACCGGCCCUGGCGCAGAUGAUGGUCUUCGUGACAGCGUCAAUGCAUCUUGGUGCCCAGGCAGUGGUUUCAUCAUUCGACAUGAUGCAUGGUUUGACAUUGGUGGAUUCCCCGAGUUCUCCAUUACGGAGGAUCUGAUCACCAGCUGGUUGCUUCACGGCAGAGGUUGGAAGAUUGCACUCGUCCAUGAGGUCCUUCAAUGGGGCAUCCAGCCUGACUGCAUCAUCAGUCAUUUGAAACAGCGUCGUCGUUGGUGGACUGGCCAUAUCCGUGACUCUUGGAAACUGAAAUUCUCUUUCCACGAACGCCUCCGAGGUGCUACCUUUGUGCAACGCUUCGCCAUGUUUCAUCACUGUCUUCGCCCAUGGUUUUACACUGUCUGCAGACUGGGUGGUCUCCUUCUUUGCUUCAUCGCCAUGACGAUCGGGCCAGUCGUUGCAACUCCUCGCGCGCAUUCCUUGCUCAACGUGAUCUUGGUUCUGGCCUUCCGCUGGUUUUUUUCUACGUGGUCGGACUGGAAAUCCAUUCACCAUGGUAUCUUCUGGAACUUGAGAAGACGCCAAGCGACAAACGUCUGGCUUGCCAACCACUUCUCCCGGGAUGCUAUACAAACUCUGAUCCCCUUUGGCUUCUUGGGCUGGGGCAAGAAGCUUGGGUUUGAAAUCAGUGGCGCCGACAAAUCCUCCACUGGCAUCAAGGAACGAUAUGUUGAAAAACGGCCUAAAGAACCCAAAGAGCGUCUUUUCGGCAUCCAACGUCAUGAGGGCAUUUUGUAUCACGGAGUCGUUGCCGUCGUGUACGUGAUUGCCAUCGUCGUUGUCCUGGUUCUCGAGGUGCGGAAUCCCUCGCCAAAUUUCUGGCAUCGAAUCAUGGCUCGAAUCGGAUUCCCGGGCAUGUGCAUCAUCGAGGUGGCACCUUUGUACCUGACUCCCAUCGUCUAUACCAUCUAUCCACCAACAAUGCCAAAACGCCGUGACUGCAUGGUGUAUAAUGCAGAGUUGAAGGUUUGGCGCGCAGCUGAGAAGUACAAGACCAUCAAGUGGACGCGCGAGUCGUGGUGGCUGGAAGUACCACAUGCUCUGGCCUUGACCUGGCUCGUCUCCUGCAUGUUCUACCUCCACCGCCUUCAAGGUUCGGGUGCCAACGAGCUUGCGUAA